UAUCAGCUAUAUAGAACAUUUAGCCAUGCCCACUGUUGCAGCAGACGAUCGUAAUUACUCUAUCGUAGCGUGUGCGAUGUUGUGAGCAGAGCUUGUGCUCUCACACGCCGCGCUCUUGUACUGCUCUCUGCGCAUUCAAGAUCGGCUCGACGGUGGAGUCGGGGAGUUCUGCUAUCUCUGGCUGCGACCAGUCCAAUAAAUGCUUUGAAGUCGAGCACUUGUUUUUUUUUAGUCAUACAUUACCUGACAAUUUAACAAAAAGUCUUCCGAAUUUUCAUUGGCGCCCGAGCAGGGACAUCGGCAUCCAGCAUUUCGUGGAAAUUCGCACGACAAACCAGUGACCUACAGUACAUCUUCGUUGUCUCGGCACAAGUCAUUGGUUUUUUUUUGUUCUGUUGCGAAUAGAGCUCUAGCUGGCUGGUUUUGUGCGACAAAUUGGAUUCAUCUUUACUCAACAAAAAAGGAAAGUGUUCGGCUAAUCUAUGCCGAAUUCUCAGGUAUUUAGUGCGAAAAAAAUUGAGUGCUAGAACCAAGCCACCAUUUUGUGCGCUGUGUUUCUCUAUUUGGCCACUGAUCUCAAUUUCAUUGGCACCUCGUUGAAUUGGAAUACCAAUUAAAUAAAACACAAAGUAAUAAAAUAAACCAAAGUGAACAGCCAGCAACAUAAAAUAUUUAUUAUAUGCGGAAUAUUGGUGGAUUGAAGAAAAGUGCAAAUUGAUGAGGGUUUACGGUACUUGCUAAUCAGACGCUCCGGUCAUUGCCGCUGUUUUCAAUUCUCUUUUGCGAAGUACCGCUUAUUGGUGCUGCCUUUACAACGCUAUCGUUGCGCCAAAUUGUGCAUAAUUUGGAUGCGUUUGGUUGUGUGCAUUGGCAACAUAAUUUGUGUUUGUUUCGCUGCGUUAACCCUUUGAAACCGAUACAUAGUUUUUUGUGGAAAUUUCGAGUUCUUUCAUAGUUUUUGCAUACCCUACAGUAUUUUGGUUAACCAUUGUCUAAACCCAGUGCAUUACUUUCCGACCCUCUUGAAGUAAGAGAAAGCGCCAGAAUGAGUGAAAAGGAAAGGGAAAUUGUUACCAGGGAAGGAGGUUCAAAAGAAGGAGGAGGUCCAAAAGUCCUGCAAAAGUUAGCAACAGCAAUGCAAAGACACGAUAGGGUGAUGGGCGAUCUAAGGCGUGUGAGAACGACCUUUGAAAAAAAACUAUUUCGUUCGACUCUCUUCAAAUUAAAUGCAGACUCGAGCUGAUCGAAAAUUAUUGUGAAAAGUUGAUGGAUAUACAGUCAGACAUGGAUUGUUUAAAUCCCAACAACGAUCUACGAGCAUCGGUCGAGGAUAUGUGUGUUACCACAAAGGCUCUGUACAUGUCUGCACUUAAAGAACCUGAAACUCAGCGAAUACAGAGGAGGGAUAGGAGUAGCCAGCGUCAUUCAUCACAUCUGCCUAAAAUGAAUCUCCCCAAGUUUAGUGGAAAACAUUCUGAAUUUAAAAACUUUAUAAGCCUUUUCGAGAGUUUGGUGCAUAACGACCCAAUAUUAUCAAAUGUGGAAAAAUUCAACCACUUACUGUCGUGUCUCGUUGACGAUGCAUUGGGAACAGUGAAGGCGUUUCAGAUCUCUGCAGACAAUUAUGAGAAGGCUCUUGAUAGUUUGAAGGAGGUUUACGACAAAAAAUAUUUUAUCUUUUCUGAUACUGUUUCGCAGUUGUUUGACAUUCCCAGCACAACAAAAGCUUCUGCUUCAUGCCUUAGGUCCCUCAUUGACACGGUGUCAGCCAUAUAUUCUUCUCUGCAGUCGUUAGGAAGUGAAAAAGACAUAAAUAGCGCGAUGCUAAUUCACAUAGCGCUGUCUAAAGUAGAUCCCACAACGAAGUCUCGGUUCGAAGAGCAACUGGAUUACGAUAAACUACCGUCUUGGUCCGAGUGCGCAGCCCAGCUGAAUCGGCGCUAUCAGCAUCUAGCUGCCGAAGAGUCAACACGGAAUAAGGGUAAAACUAAACAAGAGACAAGUAAAGGACCCACUAAAUCGUCAUUUUCAUGUGCAAAGACGGAUAGGCGAGCUGAUUCGAAAUGUAGCUAUUGCCACGCGGGGAAUCAUACCAUAAGCAAUUGUCAAUCGUUUAGUGCUCUUCCUGUUCUUCAACGGUUCGAUAUCACCAAGCAACUCCGACUGUGCAUAAAUUGUUUGAGGCCAGGUCAUACAGUGACGAGGUGCAAGACAGCAAAAUGUCGAGUGUGCUCUAAGCCCCAUAACACUCUGCUUCAUCGAUACGGGGUUGAGCCACAGCAAAAUGGGCCCAGUUCUGUGCCAGUAGAACAUUCGUCAUCGUCUGAGCCUCAGACAGCUUAUUCUAGUCACGUUGCUAGUGCUGACCAGGUUAUUCUUGCUACCGCUGUUGUAAAGGUGCAAGAUCGGUCCGGACAAUUUCAGUAUGCACGGGCACUUCUAGAUUCCGGCUCUCAAAUUAAUUUUAUAUCCGAGGAUCUAGCCCAGCGCUUACGAUUGCGCCGUGAUGAGUCUUGCCUUAAUAUCACAACUGUUGGAAAAAACUCGUCCGUCAUAAGGCACAAGAUUCAUACUUCUGUCCAAUCUCGUAUCAACGAUCACAACUUUGAUUCCGAUUUUUGGGUGUUAAGGUCGAUUUCCACAUACCAACCCGAUCAUGUUGUCAAUUUCGCCCAAUGGAAGAUACCAGCAAACCUGCAGAUGGCAGACCCGCAGUUUUACAAGCCUGCUAAGGUUGACUUAUUGAUAGGGGCAGAAACCUUUUUUGAUUUAAUGUGUGUAGGCCAAUUAAAGGCAAGUUCCGAACAUCCAACAAUCCAGAAAACAUUGUUGGGAUGGAUUGUAUCAGGAAAAUAUAAGGCAUCAGCACAGGAUGCUGUAUGCAAUAUCGCUGUUGGUAGCGAUCAUUGUUCUCUCGACUCUCUGGUGGAGCGCUUUUGGGAAUUGGAACAGGUCCCAGAGAAGUCGAAGGCUGUAUAUACAGCUGAACAAUUGGCUUGCGAACAAAACUUUAAGCAGACUUUACGCAGGCUCGAAUCGGGUCGUUUUGAAGUGGGGCUGCCAUUUAAAAUAAAUCCCGUGUUGGGUUUCUCGUUCGAGACGGCAAAAAGCCGCUUUCUAUCCCUAGAACGCAGACUUGCACGAGAUCAGUAUUUGCAUGAUCUGUAUAUGGAGUUUAGUGCGGUACUUGUAAAGAGUAUCUCAUCUUUGGCCACAUGUCAUUGCUUCCAGACACUCCUCCAGGACGCCAUUACUACAUUCCACAUCAAUGUGUCCUGAGACCUGAUAGUAAAACCACCAAGCUACGCGUCGUUUUCGAUGCAUCGAGCAAAACAUCGACUUCAAUCUCAUUAAAUGAGACUUUGAUGGUGGGUGCAACUAUUCAGAGGGAGCUUUACGCAACUCUUGCCAGAUUUCGAUUAAAUCGUUUUGCGCUCACAGCUGACAUCUCCAAAAUGUAUAGGCAAGUUCAGGUCGCCGAAGAAGACCGAAAUUUCCAAUUGAUUCUGUGGAGGGAUAAGGCAAAUGUAGAUGUUCAAACGUAUCGCCUGAAUACGGUUACUUAUGGGACAGCCUCAGCUCCAUUUCUGGCCAUCCGCUGUCUCGUUGAAUUGGCAGACGUUUAUGCUGAGUCCCAUCCUAUUGCAUCACAAGUCAUAAAAAAUGACUUUUACGUCGAUGAUAUGCUUACUGGAGCAAACAGUCUGGAAGAUUUAGAACGUAUUCGGCUGGAAGUGUGUGAGGUCUUAGAAUGCGGGGGUUUUAAGUUGGCCAAGUGGGCGUCAAAUCAUCCCCAGCUGCUGUCCGAUAGUGGCCAGGAGAAAUCGCUGCAGUUUGAUCCUUCGUCGUCUGUUAAAACGCUCGGAAUUAGAUGGAAUCCGCAAAAUGAUUUGUUCCAUUAUCAUUUAGAUGACUCAUUUGAUUCAUUGACCCCUACAAAGCGAAACAUUUUGUCAGUUGCUUCCCGAUUGUUCGACCCAUUAAAGUUAUUAUGUCCCUUAAUAACGAGGGCAAAAAUAUUGCUGCAGCAAUUGUGGCGGCAAAAGUUGGAUUGGGACGAGUCGGUUCCCAUGAGUUUGCACACAAGCAAAAUUUGUUUGAAUUAGACAAGAUAACCAUACCUCGCUACAUUGGCCUUCCCACGCAUAAAAGCGUUCAGAUUCACGGAUUCGCAGACGCAUCAGGUGAAGCGUACGGAUGCUGCAUUUACAUCCGUACCAGUGAUGGUAAAAAUGUCGUGUCUAAGCUUCUUACCGCAAAGUCUCGAGUAGCUCCUCUCAAAACGAAAUCGAUUCCAAGACUCGAAUUGUGCGCAGCACUCCUGUUAUCCACUUUAUGGGCUCAAGUAAAACCGAUCCUGGACAAGUUCAUGAUCGAAAGUGUGAACUUUUGGUCGGACUCCCAAGUCACCUUGUACUGGCUGGAAAGGGAUCCAGCCACGCUCGCAACGUUUGUGGCCAAUAGGGCUGCUGAAAUCCAGGAAUCGUCAAGCGGUGUGACUUGGCGGCACGUUCCUACUGAGCAAAACCCAGCCGAUUUGGUGUCACGUGGCACAGACGUAGUGGACAUGCCUACAUCAGGUUGAGUUGUCCCCAGAAAUGGAACGGUCGGAAAACAAUAAGUGUUUGGCAACACAUUCAGUGGCAAAGUGUCAGGCCAAUGAUUCCAUCGAGUUGAUUGAAAGAUGCUCUUCCUUUGAGAAAUUGCUUCGGAUUAUGGCAUAUGUAAACCGGUUCCUACAAGGAAGAAAGCGUAGUCGAGAGGUCGUUCUGUCAGCCAAAGAACUUAAGGUCUCAUUUCUAAGGCUGGUAGAAGUAGUCCAAAGACACGAGUUGGGACCAGAAUUCCACAAGCUAGCGAGGUCGGAAAUCCUGUCACCGCAUCUUCAACGACUAAACCCGUUCAUACAUACGAGCGAACUCGACGGAGUAACGCUGCGACUGAUUCGAGUGGGAGGAAGGUUGCUCAACGCAGAGAUUCCGUAUGACGCCAAAUUUCCUCUGCUGCUGUCGCAAAAGUCGCAGUUCGUGACGCUUUAUUUUCGCAAUUUGCAUCGGACUCACUACCAUGCAGGCGCCAAAGUCAUGGUUUCGUUGCUAAGGCAGCAGAUAUGGCUAAUCAAUGCUCGAGAAGCAUGUACAAGGAUCCUGAGAAAUUGUGUGCACUGCUUCCGAUACAAGCCAGUCCUACAGGGACAGAUCAUGGGAAACCUGCCAGCUGAUAGAGUGCGAAGAGCUCGGCCCUUUUUGAUUUGUGGGGUAGAUUUCUGCGGCCCAUUCUACGUGUCUCUCAAGAUUCGCGGCAGGCCCCCUAUUAAGACAUAUGUAGCCGUCUUCGUCUGCCUUGUAUCAAAGGCUGUUCACCUGGAGCUUGUAGCAGAUUUGUCGCUGCAGU